UUCGCUUGCUUCACGCAGCUAAGCAAGCUUAUGACAGGGAAGUGAUAAGAAGUCUGAACAUCGUUUUAAGUAUUUUUGAAUAGAAUAAACUUUGCUUUUCCAGACAUGGCCACGUUUUUUGGUGAGGUUUUAUCAGUGUAUUCGCGGGCCGUUGAAGAGGAUGAUAGAGAUGAUGAAGAGGAAGAGAACGAGGAAGAUGUUGAAAUCCGACGAGAAUUGGAAGAGAAAAGAAAAGUUCAAAUGAAAUGGUGUUCUGAUGAAGGCCAAGCAAUAGAGGGAAGCAGUGACAAGAAGCGCACCUGUUCCCAUCUCAUCGUUGCUGUGGGGACCAAUGCCACUGGCUUCGUCUCUGCGUUCAUCUUGAACUCUGCGAGCUGGCACAGGGUGGGCUGGCUGUCCGUGUGGAACGAGAGAAGUCGGGGCUCGGGCCCCUCGCCUAACCCCCCUGCCCCGGGGGAACCGGGCUGUGUAUUAUACCAGCAGAGGGACGACGACUCGGUACUAAUUUGUCAGUGCUCAUCUUACGUGGCAGAAGAUCAGCUCUUCCAGUGGACGGAACAGUUGUUCAUGUGUCUUCAGAAAAGAGGCUUGGCGGUCACAGUGUUGUCAGACGUGCCCGUGGCCGAAUACAAGACACCGGACUACGUCCAUGGCAGUGACGUCCCCUUCCUCCGGGCGCUGAGCUCCAGCGCUUAUAAAGGGCCUGUCACCUGUCCUUUCCUCGAGCAGCCCAACAUCGUCACCGGACUAGCUGCAGCAGUGCUCUCCCACUGCCAAGUCCACAGCAUCCCAGCUGUGCUCUACCAGAACUACAGUGACGUCAUCAGCGCAGACUCGGACACCAUGGAAGCCUACAGGCACGCCGUGUCCUCAGCCAAGGGCAUCAAGUUGGACCCUCCGAGUGCUGAUGUCCUUCAGAAGUUCACAAAGGCCUCUGAUCUGCACGGCAACCUGUAUACGUAAACAGUAAACAUGCCCCGCCCCCCUGAGCACCCAUCAUUGUAUUUAAUAUUUUUUACACAAAAAUAAAAUGCUCAAUUACA